AUGGGCAUUGUAAGUAAACAAUACAGCUAGAUACCAAUUAAACUAGCUAGCUAACAAGUUGAAAAUACAUGUGAAACUGUUGAGCUUUAUCAGACCUAGAAAACAAGCUUGUCUGACAGCACAGCAUUUCCCCAUAAUAUCUAACGUUAGGCUAGCUAGCUUCAAUGAGCUGCUGUCUUUGGUCUAACUUGCACUUGUCAUCAGAGCAAAGCAAUCAGAGGCACUCCACUCAUAAGUCACACUUCACUUCUUUGAGGCGUCAGUGACCCAGUAGUGUUGUUAUCUACUGAUUUGUCUUUGUAGGGCAUCUUCUCCUGAUUGAUCUGCCCAAAGACACCAGGGGCACCCUUUGCAGGGCAAGAGUCGGUUUGUGUAUAGGCUCACCUUUUCUUAGGACUGUUUCUCACACCCUAUGGCAUUGUUGUGUUGCAGACUAUUGGGGAGUUGUUCCGUACCCUGUGUGAGAUGGGCUUCAGUGAGGAGCAGAUCCAGUCUGCCGUGCAGGCAGGACACUUCUCUGUGCCUGACGCUGCUGAAUGGUGAGUCCUCCCAAACCAUAACCCUGUUAUAAUGGACAGGCAAGGAACUAUGUUUUCCAAUGUCAAAACAGGAUUGGUAACUGACAAGUGUUGCCAAGAACUGAACAUGUCAAACAUAUUUUCUCAAUAUGUUUACGGCAGGCUCUUACAAGGUGAACAUCUGAGGCACAAGCUGGUCAAAAAUCCAUCCCAGCCAGUUGGAACAGCAUUUGCUGCAUUCAACCCUCCCAAAGAUGCAGGGAGCUCUUGCCCCCCAAGCACAUCACAGUCACAGACAUCGCCCACUGACAGUAGAGGUAUGACACACCAUUAUAAGAGUCAUUAGACAUUUGUUUUCCAAGGUUGAUUGCAUACUGUAAUCUAAUGUCUUAUUGUACACAAUUGACCACUGCUCAGUCAUUUGCCCCUUUUGUACAAAGCUGUCUUGUAAAGCAUCUAGCAGCAGACAGGCUUUGCCUUGUUUCUAGCCUAAUUCAUCAGACUGUGAUAGCAGGUAUUACAGUCUGAGACAAUGCUAUACAAGCCAGAAUGUUAAAUAUAACUUACUCUACCUGUUGGACCGGUUGGUCCUCUAGACUCUUGAAAUUUGAGAAGAAAUAUCCACAGGAAAGUAUUAUUAAACAAACUUUUCAAAACGCUGGGACUGCCGUUGAGAUUUCAUCACCUGGUACAUGCGCAAAACCAUGUAGACGCCUGCAAGACUUCAGUUAGUAUGCAUGCAUCGUGUGUGUAUAUACUAACUCUUGUGCGUGUGCCUCAGGUGAUGAAUAAACAAAUCGUGAGAGCAGCACACAGAAACCUGUUUUGAAAUCAGUUCAAUAAUACUUUCCUGUGGAUAUUUUGUCUGAACUUUCCAACGACAAGGACGGAAUCAGCAGACAACAGUAUGUUCAAUGAAACAUAUUCAACAUUCUGACUUGUAAAGGGACUGUUCAGAAUUUUUGUACCUAUAUAUUACAGAUGAGAAUGAAUGCUUGUCCAGUCCACACUUGGAAUUUGGGUGAGGCUGCCUUGUCUCCAGCUGCAGAUACAAGGGAACUGUGUACAGGACAGGGCAUUCUGCAUAAUUUGCUGUAAAUUAUCCAAGCUUUUUGUUUCCAAGCUAAUCUCCCUCUUAGAAUGCUUAUUUGUUAUAUAGUGACACCAUUUCAGUUCACCCCAGACACAUUUCUGGCUUAUAAUUGUAGCCUUAAAAAUGUAUUACUGUACUGAAGCUUGAGGCUAAACACCACCCUACUCCGGACAUAGCAUAGCAGCUGGGUAUUUUACCCUUUAUUUCAGCACAGUUACCUUUCUGUUUUUAUUUUAUUUAAUUUUUUUUACAUGUAUUUUGUAUGUUUAUUGGAUAGAUAGAGGUUAAAGGGGAGAGUGCUGAAAGAGAAUUGAGAUGGAUUUGAACCCAUCCUGGCAGCGGUACACCAUACAGUACAGCUCCAGAGACAGGGGUUUAUACUGCUAGACCACCCCAGGCCACUCUGUUUCUAAUGUUGUGUGCCUGAAGGCCCCUCUUUAGUCCUGGGACGCCCACAGCCCUCCAGUCCAUCCACAGACCCCCGGCCGCUGGAGUCCCGUAUCAGGCAGGACAAGAGUGACUUUCAGGAGCAGCAGAGGAUGCGUGUGGCCAACGAGGCCAGGAAUGAGAGAAGGCAGAAGAAACAGGUCAGCAGCACCUGCCUGAUCGAUCAGCUGAAACACACUGAGCACACACGCAGACACACACACACAUACACACGCAGACACACACACACAUACACACGCAGACACACACACACAUACACACGCAGACACACACACAUACACACGCAGACACACACACACAUACACACGCAGACACACACAUAUACACACUCAGACACACACACAUAUACACACUCAGCAUAGCCACAGGGUUGUGCUUGCUAGUGUAACAUACUUCAGUGCACACAAUUGAUACGAAAUAUUGGUUUAUUCAAAUCAUUGAGACUGUAUCUUCAGCCUUUUUGCAAACAAGUCACACUCAGACAAAGCAUGAUCCCUGACAUAUGUGUUGUUCCCUCAGGAGCGUGAGCUGGUGCUGAAGCGUAUUGCAGAGGACCGGAGAAGCUUGCAGGAGAAGAAGACCCAGCCGAGCGCCCCCACUGAGACCAUGUCCCCUCCAGACAGCAGCAAAGGCCAGAGGCUGGGGGGUACGGUCCAGACCAGUGUGGAACACAACUGCAUCCUCAUGGUGAGGCUGAACCCUCCUCCUCUGGCAAUGUUUACAUAUACCUAGCAGCAUACAGAGAGGGGAAAAAGUACACUGCUCAAGAAAAUAAAGGGAACACUUAAACACCACAUCCUAGAUCUGAAUGAAUGAAAUAAUCUUAUUAAAUACUUUUUUCUUUACAUAGUUGAAUGUGCUGACAACAAAAUCACACAAAAAUUAUCAAUGGAAAUCAAAUUUAUCAACCCAUGGAGGUCUGGAUUUGGAGUCACCCUCAAAAUUAAAGUGGAAAACCACACUACAGGCUGAUCCAGCUUUGAUGGAAUGUCCUUAAAACAAGUCAAAAUGAGGCUCAGUAGUGUGUGUGGCCUCCACGUGCCUGUAUGACCUCCCUACAACGCCUGGGCAUGCUCCUGAUGAGGUGGCGGAUGGUCUCCUGAGGGAUCUCCUCCCAGACCUGGACUAAAGCAUCCGCCAACUCCUGGACAGUCUGUGGUGCAACGUGGCGUUGGUGGAUGGAGCGAGACAUGAUGUCCCAGAUGUGCUCAAUUGGAUUCAGGUCUGGGGAACGGGCAGGCCAGUCCAUAGCAUCAAUGCCUUCCUCUUGCAGGAACUGCUGACACUCCAGCCACAUGAGGUCUAGCAUUGUCUUUCAUUAGGAGGAACCCAGGGCCAACCGCACCAGCAUAUGGUCACACAAGGGGUCUGAGGAUCUCAUCUCGGUACCUAAUGGCAGUCAGGCUACCUCUGGCGAGCACAUGGAGGGCUGUGCGGCCCCCCAAAGAAAUGCCACCCCACACCAUGACUGACCCACCGCCAAACCGGUCAUGCUGGAGGAUGUUGCAGGCAGCAGAACGUUCUCCACGGCGUCUCCAGACUCUGUCACAUGUGCUCAGUGUGAACCUGUUUUCAUCUGUGAAGAGCACAGGGCGCCAGUGGCGAAUUUGCCAAUCUUGGUGUUCUCUGGCAAAUGCCAAACGUCCUGCACGGUGUUGGGCUGUAAGCACAACCCCCAUCUGUGGACGUCGGGCCCUCAUACCACCCUCAUGGAGUCUGUUUCUGACCGUUUGAGCAGACACAUGCACAUUUGUGGCCUGCUGGAGGUCAUUUUGCAGGGCUCUGGCCGUGCUCCUCCUGCUCCUCCUUGCACAAAGGCGGAGGUAGCGGUCCUGCUGCUGGGUUGUUGCCCUCCUACAGCCUCCUCCACGUCUCCUGAUGUACUGGCCUGUCUCCUGGUAGCGCCUCCAUGCUCUGGACACUACGCUGACAGAAACAGCAAACCUUCUUGCCACAGCUCGCAUUGAUGUGCCAUCCUGGAUUAGCUGCACUACCUGAGCCACUUGUGUGGGUUGUAGACUCCGUCUCAUGCUACCACGAGUGAAAGCACCGCCAGCAUUCAAAGUGACCAAAACAUCAGCCAGGAAGCAUAGGAACUGAGAAGUGGUCUGUGGUCACCACCUGCAGAACCAUUCCUUUAUUGGGGGUGUCUUGCUAAUUGCCUAUAAUUUCCACCUGUUGUCUAUUCCAUUUGCACAACAGCAUGUGAAAUGUAUUGUCAAUCAGUGUUGCUUCCUAAGUGGACAGUUUGAUUUCACAGAAGUGUGAUUGACUUGGAGUUACAUUGUGUUGUUUAAGUGUUCCCUUUAUUUUUUUGAGCAGUGUAUUUGUUCCCCUGCUGAUUUUGUACGUUUGCCCACUGACAAAGAAAUGAUCAGUCUAUAAUUUUAAUGGUAGGUUCAUGUGAACAGUGAGAGACAGAAUAACAACAACAAAAAUCAGAAAAAUGCAUGUCAAAAAUGUUAUAAAUUGAUUUGCAUUUUAAUGAGGGAAAUAAGUAUUUGACCCCCUCUCAAUCAGAAAGAUUACUCUUAAAGGGAGUGCUCCUAAUCUCAUCUUGUUACCUGUAUAAAAGACUCCUGUACAGAAGCAAUCAAUCAAUCAGAUUCCAAACUCUCCACCAUGGCCAAGACCAAAGAGCUCUCCAAGGAUGUCAGGGACAAGAUUGUAGACCUACACAAGGCUGAAAUGGGCUACAAGACCAUCGCCAAGCAGCUUGGUGAGAAAGUGACAACAGUUGGUGCGAUUAUUCGCAAAUGGAAGAAACACAAAAUAACUGUCAAUCUCCCUCGGCCUGGGGCUCCAUGCAAGAUCUCACCUCGUGGAGUUGCAAUGAUCAUGAGAACUGUGAGGAAUCAGCCCAGAACUACACGGAGGAUCUUGUCAAUGAUCUCAAGGCAGCUGGGACCAUAGUCACCAAGAAAAUUAUUGAUAACACACUACGCCAUGAAGGACUGAAAUCCUGCAGUGCCCGCAAGGUCCCCAUGCUCAAGAAAGCACAUAUACAUGCCCGUCUGAAGUUUGCCAAUGAACAUCUGAAUGAUUCAGAGGAGAACUGGGUGAAAUUGUUGUGGUCAGAUUAGACUAAAAUUGAGCUCUUUGGCAUCAACUCAACUCGCCGUGUUUGGAGGAGGAGGAAUGCUGCCUAUGACCUCAAGAACUCCAUCCCCACCGUCAAACAUGGAGGUGGAAACAUUAUGCUUUGGGGGAGUUUUUCUGCUAAGGGGACAGGACAACUUCACCGCGUCAAAGGGACAAUGGACGGGGCCAUGUACCGUCAAAUCUUGGGUGAGAACCUCCUUCCCUCAGCCAGGGCAUUGAAAAUGGGUCGUGGAUGGGUAUUCCAACAUGAUUAUGGCCCAAAACACACGGCCAAGGCAACAAAGGAGUGGCUCAAGAAGAAGCACAUUAAGGUCCUGGAGUGGCCUAGCCAGUCUCCAGACCUUAAUCCCAUAGAAAAUCUGUGGAGGGAGCUGACGGUUCGAGUUGCCAAACGUCAGCCUCGAAACCUUAAUGACUUGGAGAAGAUCCCUCCUGAGAUGUGUGCAAACCUGGUGGCCAACUACAAGAAACGUCUGACCUCUGUGAUUGCCAACAAGGGUUUUGCCACCAAGUACUAAGGCAUGUUUUGCAGAGGGGUCAAAUACUUAUUUCCCUCAUUAAAAUGCAAAUAAAUUCAUAACAUUUUUGAGAUGUGUUUUUUUCUGGAUUUUUUGGUUAUUCUGUCUCUCACUGUUCAAAUAAACCUACCAUUAAAAUUAUAGACUGAUCAUGUCUUUGUCAGUGGGCAAAUGUACAAAAUCAGCAGGGGAUCAAAUACUUUUUUCCUUCACUCUAGGUAGACUACUGUCUUAAUAGUUGACUUGAGAGCAUCCCUAUUGGUUUAUUGUAGAGGCGUGCAUGAAUUGUGUAGCCUAGUUUAGAUGUAGAUUGAGUUGGUAUGUUAUAAUGGAGGUUUCACUCUCUCUCUCUCUCUCUCUCUCUCUGUGUCACUGUAGAUCCGGCUGCCCUCUGGGGAAUCCAUGCGGGAGCGCUUCUCGGCCGAUGCCCCUCUGCGCAGCGUGGUGGAGCACAUCUCUGGGCGCCACCCCUCCCUGACUUCCUUCUCCCUCCUCCAGGGGUUCCCGCGGAAACGCUUUGGGGAGGCGGAGUUGGCCUGCUCCCUGCGCUCCCUGGGCCUCACACCCAAUGCUGCCCUCUGCAUCCAGACCACGCCCCCAGAGACACCCCAGGACCCGCCCAGCCCAGCUGCACGCCUCUUAUUGGGUCAGGAGGAGGUGGUGGUUCCACCUCCUGCGCCUCCCCAGCCACAGCAGCCACAGAUGCCAGUGCUGGAGGAGGGAGGGAUGCAGGAUCCCGCUCUGCCCCCACCUCUGCCUCACCAGUUGUGGGAAGAAGCAGUGGGCUACGCAGGCAUCCCCGGUGUUGGUCCCCCAAUGACUGGACCUUCUCACUCCUGGGGUAAGAUUCACGUGUGGCGUAUGGAGAUCCCAUUCAGAAUGUAAUUUAUCCACGCACAGCCAUCUUCAAUAUCCUAGUUGAUGAUUUGUCUGGUAUCUUUCUACCUUCAGAUUUUUUCCCCCUUGGAGUAUAAAUGGUUAUUCUGUACCCUGUAACGCUGUAUAAUUACAUUAUGGACCCAUUAGUUUGAGGCAUCACUUUGUGACGACACUAUAACACCAUUACAGGCACUGAGUUUCUUUCAGGCAUUCUCUGGGUCAGCUGAAUGUUUUCCCAUAGGUUCAGAUCUAGGAUCAGCUUCCUCUCCCCCAAUCCUAACCUUAACCAUGAGUGGGGAAAAUGUGAAACUGACCCAAAAUCAGCAUCUAGCUGCAACUUCACUCUACACCAAAGUUUUGAUGCUUAGUUUUUCCACUGACAGGACGGGGGCAGAAGCUGAAUCCUGGCGACGCAGAGGAGGCUGCCAGCUCAGAAGAUGAAGAGCUGCCAGAGGGGGAGAGAGAGCCACCCUUCCUCUUCAAUGGUACUGCCCCCUCUGUUGGGAAUUGGCUCUCAACCUUUGCCCUGCCCCUGAUUCUCAGCCCUUCCUUUCUCGCUCCCCCCUCCCUUGCUCUGAGUCUCUGGUUUUUCUCUUUCCUCUGAACUCUGUUCUUUGCAGUACGAAACAGAUGACCCCUCUCACUCUCUCUGUAUCAGUUUUUACACAAAUUACCAUGGCUUUGAACUUGAUGACCACUGCAGCCCCAUUUGCAGUAGGAUUUAAUCUACUGUCCCUUGGGAGUCUUUUUUGAAAAAACCUUUUUGACAGCAGGUCAAGUGAACCAGUGUGUAGAAAUCCAUUGAACUAACCUGCCAUGGUUGCGGUCAUGAUAGUGAGCCAACUGGGCCGGUAAUGAUGUUUGCUAUCUCCUCUCUUAUCGUGAGAAAGCUACUUUGAUUGGGAAAUAGCAGGUGAAUGCCCCCGACUGUCCCACUUUCACCGGUUUGCACUGCAGUCAUCAAAAAAACUCAGUCUCUCUGAAUAGUGGAGCUCUGAGGUAUACUGACAGUAAUCCGUGUGUGACACUGAGUUUGUAAAGCUCAUUGCCGGGGAUUCCUUUUUACAGUCACAGAGGAAGCUGAAGAAUAUGAAGAUUGUGAUUAGAGAGUAGAUGUUGAUGAGAGGCAUGUGAUAGUUUAUGUCUUGAAGACAUUCAUUCAGAUUGUUAAAUAGCUUUGAUAUUUGGCUGAAGUAAUUCAACCUGUAUGGCUGUUAGAAUUAAUAGAGAUCCUGAUUCUGGUGCGAGUGAGUCUGUUUCUGUAUCAUAAAGGCCUUAAGUAAUACCUGUGGUUAAAGGCCCAGUGCAGUCAAAAACGUGAUUUUCCUGUGUUUUAUAUAUAUUUCCACACUAUGAGGUUGGAAUAAUACUGUGACAAUUAUGAUAAUACCCUUUUAGUGUAAGAGAUGUUUGAAAAGACUGCCUGACAUUUCACCCUGUUUUAGUGGGAUGGAGCUUUGGCCUGCAUGGUGGUAAAUUAGUUAAUGGACCAAUAAGAAAGAGUUCCAAAUCUCUCUGCCAAUAACAGCUCAUUUUCAGUUUUCCCCUCCCCACUCAGAUCACUCCCAGACAAUCCUAGCAAAAUUCUUGCUUAGAAAUUGCUCUUUGCUAAGAAGUUUUGUUACCCAGAAUUGAUUUGAUAUUGAGAUAAAAACGUCUGCAUUGGACCUUUUAACUCCAGCAGGUAUGCCCCGGUUACCCUUCUUCCCAGAGAACCGGCUGCAUGGAGGGCUGGAGCCCAGACACCACUGGCCAGACCAGGGGAACAGACUCCGGUGAGUGCCCAGCCUAAACUCAAAGUUACAGAGUCACACACAAUCAUUAUAUACUUCUUCUUACACAAAAAGCUGCUUGCUUCUCCUAAGGGGAGGCAAGCUUACAUGAGAGAUAAGGGGUACUUUACGUUUACAUUUUAGUCAUUUAGCAGACGCUCUUAUCUAGAGCGACUUAGUUAGUGAGUGCAUACAUUUCUUUUUCAUUUUUUUUCAUACUGGGCCCCCGUGGGAAUCAAACCCACAACCCUGGCGUUGCAUGCGCCAUGUUCUACCAACUGAGCUACACGGCUCCAUUCCUUAAAGCAUUGUACACCAGUUCUCACAGCCUACAUGUCUAAGAGAGGGAAGUGAUGAGUUCUUUAAAGCCUAUUCAGCUGCAAGAAGAUUUCAACCUUGAGCUAGGCCUCUGGUGCCCGAAGAGAUAAGGAGCCAGCAACAAAUCACUCCUUUGUGCGCUGUGAGAAGAGGAAAACUAGAAAGUCAUGGAAUAGCACUAUACAUUUACAUUUAAGUCAUUUAGCAGACGCUCUUAUCCAGAGCGACUUACAACAACUCAACCAUUUUACAUAGCAUUUAGACUGUAACAAAAAAAUGUCCCCAACAAAAUGUAAUAGGUAACUAUAUAAAGUGGAUUUUUUGGGUCAAUGUGGAGUUCUGAUCAGCACUGGAACGCCUUAUUAUAAACGUGCUUGUUGAACGCGUAGAAGUGUGCCAAAGGUCAACCGUAAGAGUUGACUUGAUGUGUUGGCAUGUAGGCUUGAUAGCAUGCAGCCUGAGGAAGGUCCCAGGACCAAAACGUUGCUAGUAUGGACUUGCUCUGUAAAUACAAGAGUUUUUCCACAUUUUAGCCAGUGUGCACUUGCACAUUCACCAUCAUGGAUUUAAAGCAUUGCAUUGGCUUGAGGAAUUUUCAUACCGUUGUUAAAUCCAUGACGGGAAGUGUGCAGGUGUACACAAGGGGGAAGAAUCGGGACGCAGCCUUGGGCCCUUUUAUUUUGUUUAAUCAGUUGACUUGAUGUGAACAUACAAACGUGUGUUUGCCUCUCCAAGGGAGGGGGUGGUAGAGGACCCAGCAGUGGAGCCAGAGGAGGCUGCAGGUCACGUGGUGCCGGGGGCAGCAGGCCAGGCUGCAGUAGAGCGCCUCCAGAGAGCCGCCCAGGACGACCACCAUGCCUCCCAAGGCCACCCAUCUCCCCCCAAGAGACCCUUCAGAACGCCCAGCGUCCCCUCCCUCUGCGUCAUGGCCACCCUUGCCACCGUCAACCUCAUGACAGGUCAGAGAACAACUUUAAAGUCCAACACUGUAAUUUGCACUCAAACAUUGUUAAAGGGGCCUCCCUGCUAGCCAAGACAAUGACCUAGCCAAACGAAAUGGUCAGAAUUGUACAUUGAUAUUGGUUGUGGUUUAUUGCAGUUGUGUAAAAGUUCCUGAGCAAGAUCACAGAAAGGUGUCGUGGCAGGAAUGCUGCAUAGAAAAUGCAUUUUCAUCCAACGUCCUUUCUAUUCUUUCUUUCCUCCUCUCUCAGCUCCCAGCAUGCAGUACAGCAGCAGUCUGUCAUGUCUGACCCCCGAGCUGGCCGAGCUCCUGCUCAGUCACAUGUCCCGCGAGAGGCUCCUUCGCCCACGCACCCUGGAGCUCUUCUUCGGCUGCCCAAUGCAGAAAUUUGUCCUCAACUGCUACCCGUACUCUACCAAUGAGCUGCUCCGGCAGCUGCGGGCCUUCACUGCACUGAAGCACCUGAGCCUGGUCAACUCUCCUCUCAUCACAGGUACACCUUUACCUUGACAGCAUUGGUACUGACUGAGUAUGCGUCCCAAAUAGCACCCUAUUUCGUAUAUAGUGCACUACUUUUGACCAGAGCCAUAUGGCAACGCUAUUGUCAGCGCCAUAUGAAAGUCAAGUUAAGAAAUAAACAAAUACCACCAAUUUGGUGCCUUUUGAGAAGUGUAACUUGGUAAAAAAAGUUUUAAUUCAAAGUUUUAGUUCACCUAAUUUUAACAUUCUGUCAAAGAGCACAUGUUCAACUUAAUAAAAAACAUGUUUUCCCGUCUCAAGGUUAAAUACAAAAAUGACUAUAGUGUCUAUUAAAGAUGCACUAUGCAGAAAUCGCUCCGCCAUUUCCUAGAUGCUAAAAUUCUAAUAGUUUGCCUAAUUUCAGUUUGUGACAAAACAAACAAGUAUAGUGUAGAGAAUCAUUGUACCAUCUAAACCGCUGUGAAAUGUAUUUUCAGCUGUUUGAAGCUGGUGUACAAAACCGAAAGUAAAAGACGCAAAACAAAAUGUAAGAACGGGAAGCAUAGAAAUAGCGAACAUAGAACAGAUCUACCGCUUCUUAGCCUUGCUUUCAAUGAGUGACAGAUCUAUAACAUACAUUUCUAUGUGAAUUUGGUCAAAUAAAGUAACAAGGUUGACUGUACAAGGGUUGACGAUUUCAUCUUAAAUCAGCCAUAAAUCCCUGUGUGUGUGUGUGCAACAGGGAGUGGCAAUUGAAUGCAAGCUUCACCCCCCAAAAAUGUGCUAAAAAAUGUCUACCUUGUUUAUCUAUGGGUAACAGGGUUGACAUGUUAUCAAAUCACAUUUUAUUGGUCACAUACACGUGUUUAGCAGAUGUUAUUGUGGGUGUAGCGAAAUGCUUGUGGUGUAGCGAAAUGCUCGACCCGCUCAGUUUUCCACCACAAAACACCAGAAAAUUCAGCUCAGGUUCUCCGCUUCAUAACGCUUUAUGGGUUUUGACUGACAGCCGUUAUAAACUUGAGCACCGCGCGCGACAAGAAGAUGCCCCCAGUCAUCCCGUUAAUUGGGAUACUUUUUCAGUUUUUGUUGUCUGAGUGAGGGAAAUGCUGUAAAUCGAGAGGAAUCAAUUUGUUCUGAAAGAUGAGAGGAUUAUGUUGAGGAUUAUAAUAAAUAUCGCUUAGUCAUACAAGCGAAGAACACACCCAUGAGUCAAAAUGUGUACUUUUACAGUAUUAAUGUUUAUGAUCACUGUGUUUGAUCCACAGUUACAAGGAUGACAUGCAUUAUACCCUGGGUUGUCCUGAGCAGAAUGAGCCUAUGUUUGGCGUAUUGUGAAGAAAAUUAGCCGCGUAACACGCACUUGAAUGCACUUAUGACUCCAUUCUAUGCGCAUCAUAAUUACAAUCUGUUUGUCUGAAGUGCCUUUUUGAAAGCCUAACACUAAGAUUGUAUUUUAUACCUUAGCUAGCCAUGUUGGCAAUCGAAUAAGCUUUCAAAUGAAGCCCACCUGACCCAGAUUGCAAUUUAUAAUGGAACGUGUUUGGAUUGAGUAAACCACAGCAGUAAUUGUGUGAUGGUGGGGACACAGGGUUGUGUUCCAAACAAAACAACUACAAGUGUGCUUGCUUCAGUUCCUCAACGUGAAAGCUAGGAGAGCAACAAACAAAAAACGUAUAGUUGAAGGAGCUUUCCUUGAGUCAUAAAAGUGCAUUGAAAUGACUUGGAGACACCAGUUAGACCUCUCACUCAAACUCUUAUAAUAGUUUUUUCUUAUAUUGAAUACUCCAAAAUGUAAAUUAAUAUUCUUAUUAUGUUACUGAAUGUAUCCAGUUUUUUCAGAUUUCGUUAUUGACAAAUGCUGUGAAAAGAACAGUAAAUGUAAAAUGCACAUCAAAUCAACAAUGUAGUGUUUGGAUUCAGUCUUGUGUCAAGUGAACUGUUGUGUCCUCACCUUUUGGUCUGAUAAUUUCCCCAUAAUCUCCAAAGUGUUCUCUUUCAACCGCUACCAUGGGCAUGCAUACAGUAUGCUUCUAAUAUUCUUCUGUUAGAAACAUUUUACAUUUGGCCCUAUCCAUACAGACCAAUUUCCACGAGUGUAAGGGGUUAAAUGGGCUCUUAAUUUAAUAUAAAGGGCUUUUAAAAUUCAAUAUUGGUGCGUAAAUUCUACUUAAAAUAUCAAAGGGACACAAAAGGCACUCUUUUUGUGGAACGACCCAGAUGUAGUGGUGAGAUAUCACUUUUUAAGAAAACCAUAUGGCCUGUUAUCUUUGCAGCAUUGCGGCUAUGAUACUGAAGGUUCUCUCUCUGUGUCUUCCCGUUUUCCAGACACGGGCCUCUCUGUACUGUGCAGCCUAUUGAAACUGCAGCACCUGAACCUGGCCUCGUGUAGCAAGCUAACCGACUCCUGUCUGCAGCACAUCACAGGUGAGGUGCUUCGUUUACCCUGGGUUUUGUUCACUAGGCACCAAACUUAAGAAAACAGACUGAAACAGGGAGGGGCUAUACCUGCACUUGUCCAGUAAGAGAUUUGUAUCUUUUUCAGUUGCAAAACAUUUUGCUACGGUGUGCACUAAUGAAUACGACCCUGGCUACAGCAUGGAACGCCUGUGGAUGAAAUUAGGUUUUUAAUGCUGAAUAGAGGUCAAGGGAGAAGGAAGGGGAUAGCUUUGUAACGCUGGAAUUAUAUAAUAAUAACCUAGUAGCCUGUAAUGACCCCAUGCAAGAACACUAGAUCAAAGCAUAAGCUGUCAUUUAAAGUCAACCAAGGAAAGAUGAAUGCAUUUGGGGAGCAUAGUAUGGCAUGAGGGGGGUUUCAACUUAAAUGAUUGAAUUCAUAAUUAUGGAUAAGUAUCGACCAUUUUUAAAUUCCCAAUAGUUCAACUCCUGUAUAAAGUAAUGAACACUUCAAAGGAGGACUUUUUAUCUCACUCUACCCUUUGUGUCGCCAAGGAUUGAAGAGCCUGUCUUUCCUGUCACUGGACCAGACCAAAGUAAGCGAUGUAGGGAUGGUGCUGUACCUGCAGUCUGCUCCUUCGUCACUCACCCAGCUCAGUCUGAACCAGACCUCGGUCACAGAGGCCACCCUGGCAGCGCUGCCCGCCUGUGUGCCACAGCUACGACUGCUCAGCGUCAAACACACCAAGGUAGCUCUCUUUCUCGCGUACACACACACACACCACACAACAGCUCUGUAUUUCAACACACAAACAUACGCAGACACUACCAUUAAGCUUCAACAACCAACACUGGUAUAAGUUGUUUCAUAAUAUCUCCGCCUCCUCCAUCAGGUGAGAGACGUGUCGGCCCUGGCGGCGCUCCCCAGCCUGCAGGCCCUCUACCUGGACGGCACGGGGGUGAUGGAGGGCUCUCUAGAGUGCCUGGCCGUCCACUCCACCCUCUCUGCCCUCAGCCUGGCAGGCAUCUCCGUCGCAGACGGCAACCACGCCCUCCAGAUAAUUUCAGGUGAGCUGCGUGCGUGUGUGUGUGUGUACUAGGAUUGGUUGAUUUUACGAUUGCAUCGUCUAUCGACGAUGUUUGACAGCCAUCGUGAUGUCACAAACGAUGGUUUAGCAUAUUUGAACUUGACUGCUCCGUGGGAGUCUGGCAGCGCACAACAGUGCAGCGAGCAUUCUUCACAUUUUAUUGUGUUACAAAGUGGGAUUAAAAUUGAUGAAUUGUUAUUUUUUGUCAACAAUCUACACAAAAUACUCUGGCAAAGUGGAAAGAAAAAUAAAACAUUUGUAACUUAAAUAUAGUCAUUGCAUAAGUAUUCAGCCCCUUUGUUUAGGCAAGCCUAAAUUAGUUCAGGAGUAAAAUUUGGUUUAACAAACCACAUUAUAAAUUGAUGUGAUUUAAAAAAAAAUAUAUAUAUAUAUAUAUGCUAACCCUUCCUCUCUCCACAUACAUACGUCUGUAAGGUCCCUCAGUCAAGUAUUGAAUUUCAAGCACAGAUUUAACUACAAAGCCCAGGGAUGUUUUUGAAAGCCUCAUAAAGAAGGGCAGUGAUUGGUAGAUGGGUAACAAUAACACAUCAGACAUUGAAUAUCUCUUUUAAGCAUUGUCAAGUUAAUAAUUAUACUGUGGAUUAUGUAUUAAACCACCCAAACACAUCAAAGAUACAGUCAUCCUUCUGAACUGAGCUGCAGGACAGGAAGGAAACGGCUCAGGUAUGUUACCAUAAGGCCAUUGGUGAUUUUAAAACAGCUACAGAGUCCAAUGGCUGUGAUGGGAGAAAAAUGAGGCUGGAUCAACAACAUUGUAGUGACUCCAUAAUAAUGACCUAAAUGACAGAGCGAAAAGAAAAAACUACAAAUAUACAGAAUCAAAAUAUUCCAAAACAUGUAUGCAACAAGGCACUAAAGUAAUACUGCAAAAAAAAAACACUGCGAAGGAAUACAACCUUUUGGCCUAAAUGCAAAGCCUUAUGUUUGGGGCAAAUCCAACAACACAUCACGGAGUAACUGCCUCCUUAUUUUCAAGCAUGGUGGUGGCUGCAUCAUAUGGGUAUGCUUGACAUCGGCAAAUACUGGGGAGUUUUUCAGGAUAGAAAGAAACGGUAUGGAGCUAAGCACAGGCAAAAUCCUAGAGGAAAACCUGCUUCAGUCUGCUUUACACCAGAGACUGGGAGAGGAAUUGACCUUUCAGCAGGACAAUAACCUACAACACAAGGUGAAAUCUACACUGGAGUUGCUUACCAAGAAGACAGUGCAUGUUCCUGAGUGGCCAAGUUAGUUUUGACUUAAAUCUGCUUAAGAAAUCUAUGGCAAGACUUGAAAAUUGCUGUCUAUCCAUGAUCCCCAACAUCUUGACUGAACUUGAAGAAUUUUGAAAAGAAUGAUGGGCAAAUAUUGCACAAUCCAGGUGUGCAAAACUCGUACAGACUUACACAAGAAGACUCACCGCUGUUAUCGAUGCCAAAGGUUUUUCUAACAUGUAUUGACUCGGGGAGCUAAAUACUUAUGCAACGACUAUUUUAGUUAUUUAAUUUGUAUUCAUCUUUAAAAAAGUAUAUUUUUCUUCCACUUUGAGUAUUUUGUGUAGAUUGUUGACAAAAAAAUGACAAUUCAAUAAAUGUUUAUCCUACUUUGUAACACAAUAAAAUGUGAAGAAAUCCAAGGGGUCUGAAUACUUUUUCAAGGCACUGUGCAAGUGUGCAAGAGAACAAUAAAGAUUGUAGAAAAAGCGGAGCGCAUCAAAGCAGCCCCCCCCCCCAAUGUAGGAUGAUCAUGGGCCUUUUGCAGCGGACACUGUCUGGCUUAUUGUUUUAAAGUCUUCAUUUCUCUUUAUUUUUUUGUUGUCUUCAUUUCCCUUAUCCCCAUUCGAUUUGAAUGUGACUUGUUGGCCUAGUCAUAGCCUACUCUUUCAUGAUCAACCAUCAAAUAAAUCUAUAGGCCUAAAGGAGUUCCAUCUCAGAAAGUUUUUUGCGACUAGCCUAAAUAAAAACAUAGUAAUGAGGGAGAGAGGGAACAAACAAUUGCAAAAUAGACUAAUCGAAUAGGAAGUUUAAACAAACAUGAUACAUUUAUGCUUUACUUGUCCAAAGUGUUGGCCUAGGCAAAGUUGUACAUUGUCCCGUCGGAAAAUCCCUCCUUGCAAACCAAAUAGGCAAUAAUAUAGGCCUACACAUAGGCUACUGUCAAUAAAAGUUGCAGUAAAUGUUACUUUGACAAGUUAAACUUAUACAUUCUUUAGAUCACUUGAAUGAACAUGGACUUAGGCUAAAAACGAAUAGUUCUAUUAUCCUUAGGCUGUGCCUUUUGCCUAUCGAACUGUAAAAAUCCUAAAUAUACUAUCAGAUAAAACAAAUGUAUUAUUUAUAACAUUCUAUAUAACAAGGAACACCAGCAUGUUCACCCCCAGAGUAGUGAACUCAGCAGGAUGAUGGAGGUUGACUUGGGUCAGGUCUGCUGGCUCACCUUUAUCGUUCGCCCUGAAACCGAAGAACUGCCAAACAGGCGAAGACGUGCUUUUCUUUCCCACCAAAUCAGCCAUAGUUUUUUAUUUAUUUAGCUAUACUAUACUGAACAAAAAUCUAAAUGCAAAAUGUAACAAUUUCAUUGAUGUUACUGAGUUACACUUCAUAUGAGGAAAUCAGUCAAUUAAAAUGCAUUUAAUUAGGCCCUAAUCUAUGGAUUUCACAUGACUGGGAAUACAGGAAUGUGUCUGUUGGUCACAGAUACCUUUAAAAAAUGGGCCUCACAAUGGGCCUCAGGGUGUAUUUUUGUGCAUUCAAAUGGCCAUCGAUAAAAUGCAAUUGUGUUCGUUGUCCGUAGCUUAUGCCUGCCCAUACCAUAACCCCACCGCCACCACGGGGCACUCUAUUCACAACGAUGACAUGAGCGAACCGCUCGCCCACACGACGCCAUACAUGUAUGUGGUCUGCGGUUGUGAGGCCGGUUGGACGUAUUUGCCAAAUUCUCUAAAAUGACGUUGGAGGCGGCUUAUGGUAGAGAAAUGAACAUUAAAUUCUCUGGCAACAGCUCUGGUGGACAUUCCUGCAGUCAGCAUGACAAUUGCACACUCCCUCAACUUGAGACAUCUAUGUCAUUGUGUAGUGUGACACAACUGCACAUUUUAGAGUGGCCUUUUAUUGUCCCCAGCACAAGGUGCACUUGUGUAAUGAUCAUGCUGUUUAAUCAGAGAAAUGCUCACUAACAGGGAUGUAAACAAAUGUGUGCAUAACAUUUUAGCAAAAUGUGCAUAUGGAAAAUUUCUGGGAUCUUUUAUUUCAGCUCAUGAAAUAUGGGACCAACACUUUACAUGUUGCAUUUUAUAUUUUGGUUAAUUGUAUCUAUAGUUACUAAGUGAAAUCCCGUCACUUCCUUAUUUAAUUUGUAUUUUAUUUUACUGUCGGAAAGUAGCCUAAUGAAGAAAGAAUGUUGCAAAUGCACUUACCCAGAUGAUCAAGAUGAAAUGACAAUAGCCUACAGUUGUAACGGCUAUAAUAUACUGUAUAUUUUUUAAGGUAGGCUAAUAUAAUUCUGCACUAGAUAAAUCCUAGACUAGAUUUUAAAAAAAUAACUAGGCCUAACACUGUUUUAUUUUAAACAAUGAUUUAAUGAGAUUGUUUGUGGCUUUUGUAACAAUUUAAAUAAAAAAAUAUAUUAUGCACCAAAUCACAGUUCUGGUAUAACCAAUGUGUCCUUCAUAUUGCGUUGUUCCCGCCAAUUGACCCCUCCAUGCGCAACCCAAUGAUGUUUGAACAGGACAAUGUCAAACAUCGCCCAACCCUAGUGUGUACAGCAGGAGUAUUCAAAUCUGCUGUUUGAUUGAUUUUUAAUGUUAUUGAUUUAAUGUAAUUGAUUGGCCAAAGUCCAAUAUCCUGUUUCCCCAGGUCUCUGAUUAGAGGGGAAGAUUGCUACAGAUGUUAAUGUUUUGUAUGACCGGCAGUUUAUAGUUAAAUGGACUGUAUUUUAUAAAGUACACUCUCUCUCUUUCUGUCUGUCCCCCCCCAGGUCUCAGGCUGACCCAGCUGACCCUGCCUGGACGCCACUCAGUGACGGACGCUGGCCUGACCUUCCUCUCCAGACUGUCCCUGCUGUCCGAGCUGGACCUGACGGACUACACACACGUCACUGACCACGGGGUCACCCAGCUGGCCACCAUGACCAGGUCGGAUCACUCUCUGACUACAUUUUCUGCAUCCCGAAUGGCAGCGUUUCCCACAUUUUUGUUUUUUGCCCAAGCACUACACAGCUGAUUCAAAUAAUCAACUCAUCAACAAGCUUUGAUCAUUUGAAUCAGCUGUGUAGUGCUAGGACAAAAAACAAAAUGUGCACCCCUUGGGGUCCCCUGGACAGAGUUUGGCUAACGCUGAUAUAGGGAUUAGGGUGCCAUUUGGGAUGCACCCAUGAUCCUUUAUAGGUGUCAAUAUGAGGCUAGUCAUUACCACAACCAGAGGCAGUAAUUAAUCCCCCCCAAAAGUUUAGAUUAACCAGGUAUGUUGGUGCUGAGAUGGAAGGACUAGGAUUACUGCUCUAGCUCUUUCACCAGCGUCCUCUACAGUUGCCUCUGUAACAUUGCCGUGAAUGAAGGAAUGCUGGGUCGUAUUCAUUAGGAACCAAACAGGAAAACGGACUGAAACCGGGUGUGACUACCUGUCCAAGAAGAAAUGCUUGUUUUAGUUUUCUGUUGCAAAAAGGUUUUGUUACGGUGAACACUAAUGAAUAAGAUCCUGAUAGAAAUGUCCCCCCUCUCCUGUCUCCAGGCUGAAGAGGUUGUCUCUCAGUAACACCCAGGUGACGGACGCGGGGCUGCCCUCCCUGCGCAGUCUGCAGGAGCUGCUGGAACUGUGUCUGGACCGCACGGCCGUCACCAGCCGAGGAGUGGCCGCCCUCGUCACCUGUCUGCCGCACCUGCAGGUACGGAGCAUGCAUGUAAACCCAUAGACAACUAUUGUAUCAGUCGAUAGAACUCUACAAAUAAGUAAUAGAGCUAACAGAGCUCCGUUAUAAAACUGUAUUGAAACCGCAUACUGUGAUUGGUAGUAGUAGCAUUGAUGUUGUCUUUAUGUUCCAGGUAUUAAGCUUGGCCAGUACUCAGGUGGGCGACACGGUGGUGAGGAGAGGUCUGGUCCACUGUGCUCAGCUGUUCAAGCUCAACCUCAGCCGGACACGCAUCACUGACCACGGUAAGGUCCCACUCAUCAUCUACAAUCCCUACCAUUGAAUUCCAGCAUGAAUACUCAUGAAGUAAGGGAAUCUCAAUUGCGACCAUGGUCUCUUUUUCAACGAUGCCCUGUGAAUCCCAAUUGAGACCAGGGUUUAGAGAUGGAAUACCAGCAUUUAGAGCUGGAAGGAAUCUGUUUACAUUUACAUUUACAUUUUAGUCAUUUAGCAGACGUUCUUAUCCAGAGCGACUUUACAGUUAGUGAGUGCAUACAUUAUUUUGUUUUUUUCAUACUGGCCCACCGUGGGAAACGAACCCACAACCCUGGCGUUGCAAGCGCCAUGCUCUACCAACUGAGCUACACGGGACCACAUUCUUGUUGUGUCUUAUGUUUCCCUCAGGACUGAAGUUCCUGAAGUGCAUGAGUCUGAGCCAGGUAAAUCUGGACGGCUCAGGCGUGUCCCUCACGGGCAUCGCCAACCUCAUCACCUCCUGUCCCCACGUCACCAGCAUUCGGGCCAGCCACACGCGGGCCAUCCCACCUGACCAGGUCUCGGACGACGACAAUCAGUAG